AUGACGCUGGAGUCUGACACCAACUUCUCUUUUAUUUAUUACGAUGCUAGGUCAUUAGGCCUAUCCCAAAAUGGAAACUUUAACCCCACUCACCGUUCACGAUUGACACAAUUUGCCGAUCGGCCUUCAAUCUUGGGACUUCAUUUCUGCUUUAAGAUAACCAUUUACGAUGAUGCUAAUUUCGGCGGCGCUUCACGGGAACUGACCGAGUCCUGCAGGGACUUGACCAAAAUCGGUUUUAACGACAGAAUCUCCUCCAUCAAAGUUGUCGGAUCUGCGUGGGUCGGGUAUGAGCACGGAAACUAUGGAGGUCGGCAGUACAUCUUAGAAGAACGCAACUUUCCUGAUCCUAAUUCAUGGGGUGGCUCCAACGAUCAGCUAUCCUCGUUGAAAAAGCUUGACAUUAACAUCGGAGAUGAGACUAAAAUAGUUGUCUACGCCGAUGGUAAUUUCAAGGGCAACAGUAAACCCUUCGAGUCUGAAGUCAAAGACCUGUCUUACUACAGCUUCAACGACGUCAUUUCGUCUGUGGAAGUCAAGAGCGGAACAUGGGUCCUAUAUGAGCACAGCAACUACAAAGGGCGAAUGUACGUCUUAACUAAGGGGUCCUACGCAAACCCAUCAGACUGGGGCCCCAACGAUACUAUCUCAUCGCUUCGCCCAGUCAAGGAGCCGUUCUCUCCAACUGAGGUACUGAGCAUGGAGUUCGAUAUCGCAGCGGGACAUCUCAAUGCUACGCCCAGGGCUCUGGUCGACUUCACCCAGCGCAACGACACCAGCGCGGACCAGAAAGCCACCUGGGGCACCUCGCACACGGAGACCUCGAUCAAGACUUACGAGUGGCACUGGCAGAACGUACUCGACAUCAGCGCCAACUACACCUUCGAGACGGGCGUGCCUGUCAUUUUCGAGUCUAAGCUUUCCAUCAGUGCGAAGGACACCUUCACCAUCGGGGCAAGCGGCAGCGAAAAGAACACCAAGCAUGAUGAGUGGCACUUUGAGCUGCCGACCACCGUCAAGGCCCACACCUCGCUCCGCGUGCAGUGUCUCCUCCAGGAUGGCAAUAUCGACGUGCCCUUCCAUGCUGUGAUGAAGAAAGGCGACAAACAGUGGACGGAGACAGGCACCUACCACGGAACACAGAGCUACAACAUUCAUGUGGAUUACAAAGAAACACCCAUCUAAGUCGCACUUCAAUCAGAGCGCUUAAUACCCCUAUAUCAUUCCAGGAGAUCUAGUAAAUAUUAAAGCAUAUGAAUUGAUUGAAUUCUCCUUGCUUACGUAAAGAUUAUUGAUUUUCAACAGCUUUAGUUGAAAUAAUUAUAAUAUCGAAUGUUUAUUUUGUGGUGAUGGUAAGCAUUAAUUGCCAAAAAAAAAAGAUGUUAAUUUGAUGCAUGUUCCUAGCUUUCUAACUUUCACAAAGUUGGUUUAAUAAAAUAUAAAACACAUGAAUCAAAGAGGGCGAUGCAUAACAAUGCAGUAUGAAAGCCAUAAAAGCAUAUGUUUCGUCUUUAAACCCCUGACGAUGUAAUUAUUGGCCAAGGAGUUGCUUGUGUAGGCCCCUAUAGGUUUGUUUGUUAAUUUUAAUUUUCACAGACUCUCUCAUCACUCUUUGUGGAAAGUAUACAGAGAUUAAGUACAUAUUGAUCAAGACAGGUUCAUCAGUUAUGACGCAGUAGGAAUGUCACCAUUUGAUUUUCAUGUAUUUGUUGUGAGGUGACGUGGAGGGACGUUGCAUCUUCUCUUGUAUACACUGAAUAACAUCCACUCUCAUUUUUCAAUAAAAUCAUUGUUCGAUGUCAUUAUUUCAGGUGUUUUAUCUCUCUUUUGAAAAACUUUAAAACUGUUCAGAAGGUUUCACUGACAUUAAG